UGCUUGCGUAUGUCCUUCCUGUUAGGGACCGACGGUUUUUCGCGCAUAAACUGCAAGAAUUACCCUUUAUCUGCCAGCACCUUUCUGGUUCAUUAGUGCGCCAGGCAAAAAUCCAUUCUGUUGAGGCAGACCGAGCGAAACGCACCACACCACACUGAAAAGAACACGUUUGGCAUAGUAGAAACACACUGACAGAGAACCUUACAGUGGUAUGUGUAGCGGACUUCUGUCCUGCCGAUGGACACCUCUCAUCCCUCACACAAAUUAUUUUGCUCGUGGUUUCUUACUUUGCUUGUUGCGUUUUGCAAUGACUGGGCAAUUUAAAGCAGUCGCAAGCGUCCUGCCCGGCAGGUCGCGACAGCGCUUUGUGAAUUUUAGGUUUCUACUGGUAGCAUGUUUUACUGGCUUGACUGUCACCUUUCAUGGCCUGGAUAUCAGGUCCGCUAGCGAUACCUUUGCCAUUCCGUGGCAACUCAGGGUUUUUGUGGCCGAGGCAGCCGUGAAGCGGAAACGUGUCUUGCAUGCAGUACGUGACCCAGUAACAGGAAAGGUGAUCUAUCCAGAUAAGAAACUCCUUUCAGACAACACGAAGACAGCAGGCAGUCCAGCAUCAUACGCUCCUCCAAUACCUCAACUGGACAAAGCCUCGUUCUCCUCCUUCUUAGACGAACGUGGUCAGGUUCUCGUUUACUUCUACGGCGACGAAAGGUGCGCCAAGUGCAAGGCUACCGGUCCCGAAAUUGAGGACAUCAACCGCGGAUUGGUGAAGUACUUCUUUUCUACAUCCCUGGCGCAAGUGGAUGUGUCAAAACACCCGGAGCUUGCGGAAGAUCAAGAUGUCACACAAGUUCCCGCCCUCGUUUUCUAUGCAGAAGGAUCAAAGAGUGUACCAGAACAGUACCGUGGAAAGCUGAGAGCGAACCGGGUUUUCGAUUGGCUGAGGCGGCAAGAUGGAUCGUUCUACAGGGAUUUGGCGGCAGUUCGGCGCCAGCAGAAAGCCCCGAUGUCAGUGGACGAUGAAGAGAGGAUCCUCAAAAAAGCAGCAGCGAAUUCGCCCUUCACAACCGUGAUCUCAUACACUGUCCCAGGCAGCCCGAAGGACAAAUUGAUCAAGGCCAUAGCUCAUGAAGGUGACGCGAUGCGUGGAACACUCUUCCACUUCAUACCCGUAGCAGAUUUUAAGAAAAGCAAGAUCGAGAUCUACAAAGCAAAGCUACCUUACGAUCUGUAUGAAGACGAAGAUAUCAUCGACUACGCCGCGCAAAAGUGGUCCAAAAACGAGAUCAAACGCAGCAUCUACGCGGCAUUCGAUAGGACAAUCUAUCCCGACACGGACGAGUAUGUUGAUAAUCUUGCAAAAACAAAGGCCCUUGCUACCAUUCUGCAUGAUGAUAAGACAAGCGACUACCAGGAGUAUGUCGACGUUCUCCUUCAGUAUGCACGUGAUCUGAAGGACAAAGUGAGUCUCUGCUUCCUGUGUUUACAAGGUCACCUGGCGGGUACACCAGUCCUUCUUUCAUACUUAGCAACUUUACAGGAAUACGAACGACUGUCUGUGUACAGGGGCAACAGGGAUCGUGAGGUAUUUUUACUCUUGCGUGCAUUCUAUACGCAGAUUAGUCACUUCGCCGUAUCACCUCCAAGCGAGCAUGACCUCGGCAGCAUUAUCCUAUUCAGAAGCUAGACGUUUCCAGUCCACACCCGGUUUUUCCUUUCCCCUGAAGCUUUUCCUCUUUCGCUCUCACGCUCCAAUUUUCUGGCGUUAAAGCCGGUGAAUUCUGCUGCGCGCCUUUAGAAAAUCCUAGGACAGUUGGUAUGCGCCGCUGAGUGGAUCAAAGAAUCUACCGAGAUGCAAGAACAAGUCGUCUGACCGCGAUGCAAAGAAGCAAGCGGAAGCGACAAAAUAACUCUGUAUGCUCUGCCUGCGUAGAGGCAAUGAAGGUGUUUGUGACUGUUGGGAAGCGUGUGAGAAAGUGGACGGUG